AUGUCGUCACUUUCAACACCUCCCACAAGCCCAGGGAGAGUCUCGACAAUCCCCUCAUACCGCGCCGGUCUCUCACUCGAACUGAACAUCACCCAGAGUUGCAUCCCCACUCUCAACGAGGACACCAUCACCGCCCACGUCACAAGCCUCAUCACCGAGACCAUGUCCCCCGUGAUGCACGUCAACCUCCUCACAGCCCAAGGUCCAACGGCAGCCGUCCUUAAGCUUUACGACCGUCGCUUCGGCACUCACCUCCGCGAAAUACGGGGCAAGUAUGUUCCCUGUCGCAGCGAGGAUGAGGUUGCCUUUGAGCAGUUUGUGUGUAAAGGUGCGAUGGGAUCCUUCAUUGAUGAGAUUGAAGAGGAUUUUCGCACGCAGCCACUGCCUUCAACUGCAGAGGAUUGGUGCGAGGGCCCCGACGCAGAGGCCAGGUUUGAAGCCGCCCUCUGGUAUGAGGCCAACAAGCAAUAUAGCAACGAGACGAAGGCGUACACGCGCUUGAAGGACCUGCAGGGCAUCAUGAUCCCUAGACUUUACGCUCAGGUCCGGAUCGCUUCUAAGGAUAACUGCAAUGCCGACUGCAGUGAUUACAUGAGCGUUAAGGGCAUUCUUCUUCAAGUCAUUCCAGGCUGCAAUCUCUGGGACUUUGCAAAAUCACCUUCAUCGCCACAGUCACACCAGAAGUGGACGUGUAUCGUGCAGCAGGCUAUCGACGCAGCGCACGAGAUAAACAAGCGCGAUGUUAUCCUCGACGAUAGCGGGCCUCGGAAUGUGGUAGUCGACAAAGUAACACAUAUGCCCUUUAUCGUCGAUCUCGCCCAGUGCACGUUCAAGAACGACAUGUUUCAGCUCUGGGAGACAGAAGGCUUUGACAGCGACAGUGAGGAGGAAGUAGAGAAUGGGGACGAUAGAAAUCUCGAGGUCGAAUGGUGGAGUCGUAUUAGGGCGCGCGAGAACCCUGCGUCUAUUGGACUGCUCAUGACAAAGAGAUUGCUCAGGACCCAUGGGCUCAAGCUGGAGUUCCAGUAUCCUGACUACCAACAGUUGCUCCAGGCUGCCAAGGUUUCAGCAGCGAGCCCAAGCGUUUCUCAGCCUGAUGAGAAAUCAGAAAAAACACCAAAGACUGAAGAAAACGGACCAAUGACGCUAGACACAUCGGUCCGGUGA